GUCACGAUCAAUUGGUCCUUCUAGGGGGACACAAUGUGUGCUCCCAGAAUAGGGAUUCUGCGAUGUAACCGCACCAUGCACGAGACAACCUGUGCGUUUCACUCGAUGCCAUCACGACACACGGGCGAGGUUUGAUUUCUGGGGGUUCGUCACGCACUGCAUCUUACUUGGUAUGUCUGACUUGAGCAAUUUUUGUAGUUGGAAGGCCUCCUCCCUCUUGCCCUCCCUAACAACUGGAGAUCCAAAAAGAAAACCCCAACAUGCCCACACAAACACGCUUCCUCUAUAGUAUACUAGCAACACUUAUCUUUCUCCUUUUCACAACUCUUGGUAUCAUAUACACAUCAACCGGCAGCUUAGCCAGUUUCUCCCAAAAGUUCCACAUACAUGUUUGUCCAAGCGAGCCUCGAUCUACACCUCCAAUCAUCCGGAAAUUCCAAUCAUUGACUCCGUUACUGGGUGCUAAAUCCGAUGGCUCUCUACCUCAUGAUACAAAUCGCUCAUGGGAAUCUCUUCUUCUCCCCGAAAACGGCGGUAUUCUGAAGGUCCGGACGGAUAACAACACCAUUACCGACUACGGGAUCUCCAUGUUCCAUCAGCUUCAUUGCCUAACUGUUCUUCGGGGGCUGAUUUUCCCUGAAACCUCUCAGCAUCACGGUGUUUCGACCUCGCCGUCACAUUCGGGUGAUGAGCAUGAAGACGCAGUGCACUGGGCUCAUUGUUUUGAUUAUAUUGCCCAGGUGAGUGGGGUGAUCCUUCUGGGCGCGGUAGAGUUCGAGAAUACUGACAAUGAAAAGUCCAUAAUAUGUGCAGCAGAUGGUACUAUUGAGCCACCUCAUCCAGCGCUUAAUAAAGAUGGGAAUCGAAUCCUCGUCAUCGAUGGGAUUGGGCAUGCCCAUCAAUGCAGGGACCCGGAGCCGUUAUGGAGGGCUGUUCGAGAUAGUGGGAGUAAUCCCGUCUAUCUUUCUGAAGUGAAGGAUACUGUCGGCCAUAGUGAGUUUCCUCUAAAGGAGGAAGCUACGUGCCAGAGUGCUUGUUCGAUGCCAGAGCCAUACCGGAUUGAAUGAGACAGUGGUUAGGAAUAUGGUAGAUAAUCGUCGGACAUAGUGAACGACGUGCUGUGAAAUAACUGGGCUGCUAGAAGCCGUACAUCUCAAAUCAUGGACUUCCAUCUGGUAGAUUGCGGAGUAGACACACUAUGAACGAUUUGUUCGCAGUUAGGGCGCGCUGGCCUCGGCUUCACCCAAGUUGGGAAUCCCGAGAUAACUCUGGAAGGGUUUUGUCAUGUAGGCAAAUUCCGGUCGCAUAUCUCAACCAAAGUAGAACCCAGAUGCGAUUACUC